AUGGGUGCUUCAAACAAAAUCAAUGUAAAUGAUUUCCAAAUGCUGGGUAGACGCGAUUACGAUAUUAACUUUGAUUGGCAUGCCCCUUAUCCCACUGAUCCACUUCAUCAUACUGUUGUUACCUUCAUUUCCACUAAUAAAAUAAAUUGCCAGCCUAGCAUUCUCCAGCCAGCUUCUCCUCCCACUACUUCGUUCCCCUUAGCAUCAAAACAAAAAAUUGCACUUGAACUCAUUCUUGCCCAUUAUGCAUCUCCUGGAACCCCGCCUCCACUCUAUAUGCUUAUACAAGGCACUGCAGGCACUGGUAAAUCAUAUUUGAUACAAUGCAUUAGAAAUAGACUUAACCUUUCCACAAAUAUACAACUCAAUCCUUUGCUUGUGCUUGCCCCAACUGGCGUUUCUGCAUAUAAUAUCCAAGCAACAACUAUUCAUGCUGCCUUGCGCAUCCCCCUUAGAGAUAUAUUACGUCAGGCAUUCCCUCGCCAGCAACACGAACCAUUUGGAGGCCUCUCAAUCAUCCUUGUAGGCAACCUCAGCCAACUACCUCCAGUGAUGGACAAGCCUUUGUAUGCCUCACAUUCUACAACCCUUGCAUUAUGGCGCUCCUUUCAAACUGUUGUUACCUUAGAUACAAGUUUCCGACAACAAGGUGCCUCAAACAUCCAACAACAAUUUCGUGCAAUCUUGCAAAACAUUAGAAAUGCCAAUCCACUCCAAACAGAUUGGGAAGCGCUUAUGUCUCGAUCCUCUUCCAAACUGCCUAUAGAUCAUAACAAGCACUUUGACAAUUCAAUUCAUUUGUUUGCAACAAAUGCAUCUGUCAAACACCACAAUACUAAAAUGUUAAAACAAUUACACUUACCUGUUGCAAGAUGUCUCGCCCAAAAUUCAAGGCAAACAAACCCUGAAUAUAAUAAUGAUGAGCAACUUCCUUUAGAAUUGCUCCUCUCCCUUAAUGAACAAGUUAUGUUGAUUGCUAAUCUAUGGAUACAAGCUGGUUUGGUCAAUGGAUCAUUAGGACAAAUCAAAUCCAUUAUCUAUGAUACAGAUUCCAGACCUCCUAACUUGCCAAAGUAUGUGGUUGUUGAAUUCAAAAAUUAUUCUGGCCCUCAUUGGGACAAUGCAAAUCCAAAAUUUGUCCCUAUACCACCUAUCACUCGAGGCAGCUACACCCUGCUCCCCCUUGCAAUGGCUUAG